AUGCAUCGGCUCACACAAUUGUUGCUGGCCAUUCGUUUGGUCCAGGCCCAAUCGGUAAGCACAAACAAUCUACCCAAACACAGCACACAACAACACCAAUUGCACUUUCAAGCUUCGCGCAAGCUGCACAAAUGUUGCCAGAUAUCGCAUUUCUUGUCGCAGGGCUGUUUCCAUUCCUACAAGUUGAAUCUCGUACCUUUAUUAGACUUGUUCCUACCAUGGCUAACAAUUGCACAGUAUCCAAACACCACAAAUCCUACCAACAGCUCGAGUCCUUUGAACGAUGCUGAGAGUCCGCCAUUCUACCCCAGUCCAUGGAUAGAGGGUACCGGAGAUUGGGCCGAGGCAUAUGCUAAGGCCCAAGCCUUCGUGAGUCAAUUGACUCUUCUCGAGAAAGUCAACCUUACCACCGGCACUGGCUGGCAGAGCGACAACUGUGUUGGCAAUGUCGGUGAGAUUCCACGCCUGGGAUUCAAAGCCCUUUGCUUGCAGGACAGCCCUCUCGGUGUUCGUUUCGCCGACUAUGUUUCUGCCUUCCCUGCCGGUGGGACGGUUGCAGCUUCAUGGGAUCGUGGCGAGUUCUACCGUCGAGGAUACGAGAUGGGAUCAGAGCACCGUGGCAAGGGCGUUGAUGUCCAGCUUGGGCCAGCGAUUGGUCCGCUCGGCCGCAACCCCAAGGGCGGCCGAAACUGGGAAGGCUUUUCACCCGAUCCGUAUCUGACGGGUCACGCUGUAGCUGAGACUGUCCGUGGUAUCCAAGAUGCUGGUGUCAUUGCUUGCACCAAGCACUACAUCCUGAACGAGCAGGAGCACUUCCGCUCACCAGGAAACUUCCAGGAUUUUGGUUUUGUUGAUGCUAUCAGCAGCAAUGUUGACGAUAAAACUUUGCACGAGUUGUACCUCUGGCCCUUUGCCGAUGCCGUGCGCGCAGGCACUGGCGCCAUCAUGUGCUCAUACAACAAAGCGAACAACUCUCAGGUGUGCCAGAACUCAUACCUUCAGAACUACAUCCUGAAGGGUGAGCUCGGCUUCCAAGGAUUCAUCUUGUCGGACUGGGAUGCUCAACACAGCGGUGUCUCAUCUACCCAGGCAGGUCUUGACAUGACCAUGCCCGGAGACACAGACUUCAAUUCUGGAUUCUCAUUCUGGGGAACUAACCUCACUAUCUCCAUUCUUAAUGGCACAAUCCCUCAAUGGCGCCUUGACGAUGCUGCAACGCGUAUCAUGGCUGCUUAUUACUAUGUUGGCCGUGAUCAGGACAACACAGACACCAACUUCAACAGCUGGACUCGUGAAACUUACGACUACCGCAACUAUUACGGCAAGUCCGACUAUGAGCUUGUCAAUCAGCAUGUCGAUGUUCGUGCGGAGCACUUCCGUACGAUCCGUUCUUCAGCUGCCAAGUCGACCGUGCUCCUGAAGAACAACGGUGCACUCCCUUUGACCGGCAAAGAGAAAUGGACUGGAGUCUUUGGCAACGAUGCCGGAGAGAACUUGUAUGGACCCAACGGCUGCAACGACCGUGGCUGCGACAACGGCACUCUCGCCAUGGGCUGGGGUUCAGGAACUGCCGACUUCCCCUACCUCGUCACACCAUUAGAGGCUAUUAAGCGCGAGGUCGCUGAUAAUGGUGGUGUACUCACAUCAGUCCUUGACAACUGGGCCUACUCUCAGAUCCAGGCCAUGGCCACUCAGGUCAGCGUUGCCAUUGUGUUUGUUAACGCCGACUCAGGCGAAGGCUACAUCACGGUCGACACCAACUUUGGAGACCGCAACAAUCUUACUAUCUGGCAGGACGGCGACACUCUUAUCCAGAAUGUCUCUUCGCUCUGUAACAACACCAUAGUUGUCAUCCACUCCGUUGGUCCUGUCCUCGUUAACUCUUUCUACGACUCCGAGAAUGUAACAGCAGUGCUGUGGGCCGGUCUGCCUGGUCAGGAGUCUGGCAAUGCCAUCGCCGACGUUCUAUACGGCCGCGUCAACCCCGGCGGCAAGCUGCCGUUCACCUUUGGUGCUUCAGCCGAGGAGUACGGGCCCGACCUGAUUUACGACCCCAUCGCUGGCAACGCGUCUCCUCAGGAUAACUUCGAGGAGGGUGUCUUCAUCGACUACCGCGCAUUUGACCAGAAGAACAUCACGCCCGUGUACGAGUUCGGUUUCGGUCUAUCUUACACCACGUUCUCGUACUCGGAUCUGAACGUCGAGAAGGCUAAUGCUGGUGCUUACACACCUACAACCGGGGAGACCAUCGCCGCCCCCACCCUAGGUAAUUUCAGCACUGAUGUCAACGACUACCAGUGGCCCGCCAACCUGACCCGAGAGGGCACCUUCAUCUACCCGUACUUGAACAGCACCGAUCUGGCAGAAGCUUCCCUUGACCGCGACUACGGCCUGAACUACACUUGGCCUGCUGGCUCGUCCGACGGGUCACCCCAGCCCCGCAUCGCCGCCGGUGGAGCCCCAGGAGGAAACCCGCAGCUGUGGGACGUCCUGUUCACUGUGACCGCAACCAUCACCAACAACGGCACCCUUACUGGCGACGAGGUUGUCCAGCUGUACCUCAGCCUUGGUGGGCCCGAAGACCCACCUGUUGUUCUCCGCGGCUUUGACCGUCUGUCAAUCCAGCCUGGCGAGACUGCUACGUUCCAGACCGACAUCCUCCGUCGCGAUGUGUCUAACUGGGAGACUGAGAGUCAGAACUGGGUCAUCAGCGAGUACCCUAAGAAGAUUUACGUCGGUGCGUCGUCGAGGAAGCUGUACCUCGAGGCUGACCUCGAUCUGUCCGAGUACCAGUCUUGA